CAAUCUUAUUUUCUCAAUUUCGUCUCGUUGUCAUGACAACAAGUGAACAUGUGUUACUAUUGAUGCUUUGAGUUUCUAUUGUUUUUAUCUGUUUGUUAGUUAAUUUAAUUGUUAAUUGUGCUCUUGAUUGUUGUUAAUUUAUUUUGUUAAAAUGGCGAAGAAAAAGAAUGUUGAUUUUCAGAAAACUAAAUUAAAAGUUGGUAAAUCAAUUCCCAAGCGAGCUAAUGAAACAUCAACACAAUUUAAGUCAAAAAGGAUUAUCAUUAAAGACCAAAGUGUAAUUAGUGAUUCUAAUCAAAUGGUUGUUUUAUCAAGAAGUUUAACUGCUAACAAACAGUUUAAAUUACUUUGUUUGAAUAAAAUUUAUACUGGUUAUCUGGAGAAUUAUAUUGUUGAUGGUGAAUCUAUUAAUACGUUGGCACGUCUUAUAAUUGAUGGUGAAGAGCAAGUUAGACAGUCAACAAUUAGAUGUCUCAAAAAAGCAAUCACCAAAAUGAUUAAUGAUAAUCAAGAUGUUACUCCUUUUAUUACAAUACUGUUAACUUAUGUUAAAUGUGGUUUAACUCAUAUUGAUCCUGGAUUAAUUGACGAUGCUCGAGAUAUGUUAACUUACAUCAUCGAUAAAUGUGAUGCUAAUUGUCAUCAUCAAUUAAUGUUAACUUUCUUACCAAGAUUAACACUUGAUGGUCAAGUUUCUGCACAAGAUUUUGAAUUAACCGAGAAAAUAAUCAAAGUAAUUAAGAAUCCUGUUCAACCAAUAAUAAUUCACAACCAUGAGACGAUUAACUGGAACUCGAAAGAAAACUUCUAUGAUCUAAGUAAAUUAACCACAAUUAAACCAAAAUUUCACAUAAAUUUGAGUUUCCAAUUGAACGCUGAAGAGGAUAUUCAUGGUACUUUCAUCGAUCGUGUAACUAAACUCGUUGCUAAGGAAUUAAAUGACCUUGACAGGAGGAAAACACCACAAUUGCGAAUCAAUCGUAAAGAAGCUCGAAAACUAAUCGCAUCAAUUAAAAUGGCCGAUUUAUUAGGAUUAAAAUGGAAACACUUACAAGAUAAAUUAAAAUCGAUCAUAAUUACCGACGAAACCAUCGACAUUAAAUCAGUGAAAAAAGCACAAACAGAAUCCAACAAGUUGAUUAAUUCACUUUCAAAUCUGUUGAAACUUUAAAUCACACAACUUUUCAAGCAACACACAAUUAACAUGUCUGAAAAAAAAGGGAAACAAUUAAAAAUAUAACAAUUAAACUUGUUGAUUGUUAGAAUAAUUAUAUUUUUAAAUUGUAAUCAAAUAAAAAAAACCAAACUAAACACAAAAAGAAAAGGUCAAGAUAAAGAUACAAGAUUAUAAUUAUGAUUAGGAACCAAUCAACUCAAGUUGAUUAUCUCCAAAAUAAGAUAAUCACAAUCAAAGGAAAACAAUCCUCUUGAAAGCUGAAUGUUGUCCAUUGUUUUAUAUUCACUUUAAUUGUUAACCUUAAAUUUUAUAUUCCACUGGAA